AUGGCGUGGUUACGCUUAGCCGCCGCCGCCUUACUAACGCUUGCCUCCUGUGGUGUGAAUGCUCAACAUGGCACAGUAGGUCGUCCAUGUGAGGUAUCCACUGAUUGCGGAACUGGUAACUAUUGUGCUGGCAACAAGCGAUGCGCCUGCCUCACCACAUACGUUGAGAUUGACUCGUACUGUUGGCGAAAGAUCAACCCUGGCGAGUCGGGCUGUACUCAGAACCGACAGUGUGAGGCUGUAUGGCCAGGUGCAUACUGUCGAUCUGGAGAGUGUCGUUGUGCGAACAAUCAGCCACCAUUCAGGACCAGAGAUGGCUUGGAGCUGACGCGACGUGCGAGGCUAUUGGAGCUCUCGCCUAUGAUUGUGUUUGUGACUCGGAUGGAUCGUACCGUGAACAAUCCGAUCCAGUUUCUGUAG